UAUAUAUAUAUAUAAAAGAUAUGCAGGCACAUUUCGGGCUUUUUCUUUCUACUUUGCCUCUGACCCAAGAAACGUCCCUCAAACUCAGCAGGUUCUGUUUUACUUUUUGAAACAAAAUAAAGUCCUUACUGCCCAUAAGAGAUAGAGUUGUGAGGAAUGGAACGCCUACAGAGAAUCUUCUCUGGUGCAGGAGGUAUGGGACACCCACCUCCAGAUUCACCUCUCCUCGACUCUUCUGAACAGGUCUACAUCUCCUCCCUUGCCCUUCUCAAGAUGCUCAAACAUGGAAGAGCUGGAGUUCCCAUGGAAGUUAUGGGCCUGAUGCUUGGUGAGUUUGUGGAUGAAUAUACUGUGCGAGUUGUGGAUGUUUUUGCAAUGCCCCAAAGUGGAACUGGAGUGAGUGUGGAAGCUGUUGAUCAUGUUUUUCAGACAAAUAUGCUUGAUAUGCUCAAGCAGACUGGAAGACCAGAGAUGGUUGUUGGCUGGUACCAUUCACAUCCAGGCUUUGGUUGUUGGCUUUCUGGUGUUGACAUAAAUACCCAACAGAGUUUUGAGGCCUUGAACCAAAGGGCAGUUGCAGUGGUCGUAGAUCCAAUCCAAAGUGUCAAAGGUAAGGUGGUUAUUGAUGCCUUUCGCUUGAUCAAUCCUCAGACCAUGAUGCUUGGCCAAGAGCCACGUCAAACUACUUCAAACCUCGGGCACCUCAACAAGCCAUCCAUUCAGGCUUUGAUCCAUGGGCUCAACAGGCACUACUACUCUAUAGCCAUCAAUUACAGAAAGAAUGAACUGGAAGAGAAGAUGUUACUUAACCUCCACAAGAAGAAGUGGACUGAUGGUUUGACACUGCAGCGGUUUGAUGUCCAUUCAAAAACUAAUGAACAGACUGUACAGGAGAUGCUGAACCUGGCUAUUAAGUAUAACAAAGCAGUUCAGGAAGAGGAUGAGUUGCCCCCAGAAAAGCUUGCCAUUGCCAAUGUUGGAAGGCAAGACGCCAAGAAGCAUUUGGAGGAGCAUGUUUCCAACUUGAUGUCUUCAAAUAUAAUUCAGAUUCUGGGGACAAUGCUUGACACAGUGGUGUUCUAGAGAAAGAGAGAAAACGAGAGAGAGAGAGAGAGAUUUCCCUUUUGCAAGCUCUCUGAUCAUUCCCUUUCAGAGAAGAAGAUUAUGAUUUCUCUCAUGGGAUAUAUACCAUUCAUCUAUGACUCAGAGCUUUGUGCUGCACCUUAGACUAUAAUCAUUUCACAUUAUUUUUGUGGUGGUGCUAUGUUAUUUGACAUUUCUUGUUAAUGUCAAAACUAGGGUUUUAAGUCCAGAAUUGCUUUAGGCUCUCUCUCUCUCUCUCUCUCUCUUGAUAUGAUUGGAGCUGUUUUAAACUUGUCUACACUGUUUUUCCACUUAUUUGUUUGUCUGACUGUACAAAAGCCUCGAGACGUUUGAGGCGAUCGGUCAAACUGGGUUGUACAAUUAUUGCUUUUGUGUUCAA